GAAGAAAUUGGCAGAACCACCUCUGAGUGUUCCUUGCUUUAAGAAACCCUUCAAAAUACAUGGGGUUACCAUAAACCAAUAGGCAACGUGAAGGCACAUGCAUACACAUAGAAAGAAAGCCUUGAAGAGAAGUUUUGUAAUCAAUGAUAAGUCAUACUUCAUCUUUCAUAUUGUCACCUUCAGAGGAAGAAUGAUCCUACCUCUACAUAUGAUGAAGAGAACCUGGCUCAGGAUAUUCAUGACUUAUUUGUUGCUGGAAUGGAAACGACUGCCACUUCUCUGAAAUGGGCAAUCCUCCUUUUGGCAAAUCGUCCAGAUAUUCAAGAUAAAGCCUAUAAGGAAAUAGAAGAUGUUUUGUGCUCCGCUUCCUUCAGCUAUCAAGAUCUAAAGAAGCUCCCUUAUACAAAUGCUGUGAUUCAUGAGAUUCAGCGUUCAAAAUAUCCCUUUCUAUUUGGAGUUCCAAGACAAACUGCCAAAGAUGUGACAAUAAGAGGUUUUCUUAUCCCUAAGGGGACAAUCUGUGCUCUGUUCUUCUUGAUCCAGAGCACUGGGAAUCUCCUAAAGAGUUCAAUCCAAAACAUUUUUUUGGACCAGGAUGGACAUUUUGUUGCUAGGGAAGAAUAUCUGGCAUUUGGUGGAGGGGCUCGGAUUUGUUUGGGGGAGCAUCUGGCCAGGAUGGAGUUCUUCAUCUUCUUGGUCAAUCUUAUGAGGGCCUUCCAUUUCCAGCUGCCUCCAGGAGUCAAAGAACUCAAUGAAGAACCUGUAGCAGCAGUAACAACACCACCCCAUCCUUAUAAAGUGUGUGCUGUUCCUCGCUGUAGUUCAUCAUAAAACAUACAUGAAUAAUUACAAUGGCAUAUACUUUAUUGCUGUAAUAUUAAACCAAAUCCACACU